UCAGGCACUUAUAAAUGCUUUUCCGCAGAUCGGCUCACGGGUGAAUACUCGGCGCGGCCUGCUUCGUCAAUGAAACACCAAACUGUUGUUUUUCGCGCAAUGUCGAAACGCGGCGAAACACGCGCGGAUUACGAUCACGCCGGAAAAUACGCUAGAUCCACGUUUAAAAAUCCAACGAACCAAGAUGGACGCGACGCGAUUUCCUCCCCUCACCCCGCUGGAUUUGCACACUGUCAGAAAGAGUACUCCAGUACUUGCGCCUCGUCCUGAUCGGUCCCAGGUGUUUGUAUGUCCAUGAAUGCCGGCAAUCGACGGCGAUCGCCGCUACUACACCCCAGAUUCCCAGCCAGCACUUUAGUAACUUAGUAGCAGCAUCGUCACAGGCUGCUUAGCAAGGUGGCUAAUGUGCGGUCGAAAUCGGUUGAGAUUGAACCUGAUCGUGUAUAGGAAGUAAAAUGCAUUAGUUUCGGUUUGCUCGGAUUUAUUUUGCGACUCGAGCGAUCAGCCUGUGCGGUGCAUGUGUCGUGACAGUUUUUACAUACGGUUGCAAAGGUUAAGCACGAGAUCGAGAAACGGUUGCGAAAGGUGGUGAUCGGUACAGCGCGGAUUUACGCGCGGACAUGGACGGCAAGGUGGACGAAGAGAAUCAGCGUGGUGUCAACGACGGCGAUUGGACUUGCUCGGACUCUCAAUGUGCCAAUAUAAAUUUUGCUAGGAGAAAUUCCUGCAAUCGCUGUGGAAAAGACAGAGGUGAGUGUCCAAAGAAGAAGAAGUUGGGUCAGGAAAUUGGAAAAGCAGCUGCGGAAAAAAGCAGAGGUCUUUUUAGCGCGGACGACUGGCAAUGCAGCAAGUGCGGUAACGUAAACUGGGCUCGUCGGCAACAGUGUAAUAUGUGCAACGCGCCAAAGUUCGGCGAGAUAGAAGAACGCACGGGAUACGGGGGCGGGUAUAACGAUCGAGGUGUUGUCGAGUACAAGGAGAGACGAGACGAUGACGACGAAUACGACGAGUUCGGACGGCGCAGGAAAAAACGAAAACUCGACAAGAGUUCUGACGACGAUUCGAAAGAUUCCAAAUACAGUAGCCCGUCGCGUAGCGAACGUAAAUCCAGAGACAAAGCAGAAGCAGAUGAAGCAAAUGAAGAUGAUCAAGAGGAAAAUGAUGAAGAGGAAGAUGAUGACGAGGAAGAGGAAGAUGAAGAUGGCGAUUUGUCCAAAUACGAUCUUAGCGAAUGGGACGAUUUUGCACCGCCAAAGAAAAGUGCGAACGGAAGUACCAUAUCGUCAGAAGCACAACGGUCAAGGUAAUUAAUAAAAAUGAAACGGAGAUGAUCGGCGCGAUUCAGGCACAUCCAACCACUGAAAGGCUGUUUAGAGAAGGACAGGUUUGACUUGGGUUUCGGGUAUAAAAAUUGAUUAUGAUGAUCAGAGAGUUGCAGGCAGCAUACAGUGUGUGAUGAGUUUUGCUUAAAUAAUGUAUAGUCCCAGAUCCUUAAGACUUAAAGUAUAGCUUGCUUUUAUUGCGAUUUAUAUCUUGAGUAUAUAUAUCGCAUAAAGACAUCGAGUAGAGAUUAGCGUCGACUUAGCGAACCUCUAAGAUGCGCGGAGCAUGCAUUCUUGUUCGAUGUGUGACUUUUUGUUUUCUUUUUUUACAGAUGACUUGAGAAACAGGAGACUCUCUCGAAAAAGAUGCAGGCUCUCAUCAAAACCUAAGAAAAUAUACACAACGCAACACAAAAAUUUCAGUAAAAUUUUUAGAGUAUGCACCUUUGGGUAUAAAAGUGGCCGAUAAUACGUGACUUAUUACAAAUAGGAAGUCCAAGACAAACGCUAAGCUUUACAUUUGUAAUUGAGCUCACACAGCUUCGUUGAUUCUAAGGAAGCAAAUUAUGUAGGUCUCUCUUGUUCGCGCGGAUAUAUAUAAUAUCGUUGUUCGAAUGACUGCGGUGAGUGUACGAGAGAAAAAAAAAGAAAACAGUUUGGCGUACAAGUAGCGUGUUGUUUUUUUCUUUUGCUAGCGAAUAAUGAGAGAUUGAUAAAUCUGCAAAACGUGAAUCGUCUAUAGAAGAAAAAAAAGAACAAGUUAUUUCGCAGCUCGUUUUACAAGUUAAAUAUAUGAUGUAGAAAAGAUCUUACUUCUAUGUAAUCGAUGAUGUCAACGCUCUGCGCAAGCUCCGUCGUCGCAGUGUUUCGAGAUUUCUAUUGUAGCUGUGUCACUGCUUCGUAUUGCUCAAGCUGCCCAAAGGGUUCUAACUUUUUUUAUUUUUUUUUUUAUUUUUUCUUGUCCUCAUCUCUCUUUUUACGUCAUUCAUUUAUGCGUGACUCUCUCUCUCGGACUGAGAAGAGAGCGAAAUAUGUUUUACAUGGUUUUCUUAAACCAGAGCCGACGUCGUAAUUUUGCGCUUUGCGGCAUUUGACGUCCACGCCUGCUUUCUCUCUGUUCCUCUCGUUGUCCAUCUCUCAGACCGCAAUCUAAGAGCAAAUCUCAGUUAAUCAGAAAACGAGAAGAGCCGGGAAAGAGAAAGCGCGAACAAGAGCCGGCGCGCUUCAGAGCGCAAAACUCCGCGCGGACCCUGUCCUAAAAACAGAGCAGAUAUGUUUUAUUUCGACGUGAAUUUGAAGAAGACAUUUAAUAAGGAUACGUUCUCUUGCUUCGACUAUCACAGAUCCGAGUAAGUUUGAGAAGAAACAGUCCGCUUAUAUAUUUCGAAAAGGUAGCGCAUCUUAAAAUAGUAUCGCGUUUCCGCAUCUCGCAUAAUAGUUUUUAUCGUGAAUGAAACCUCCGAUAGCCGUUCUUCUGAAUUGCAAAAUCGACUGUAUCGAUCAAAUAUCGUAAUGAUACUUCUUGUAAAUAUCUUUAUUUUCAUUUUUAAUAAAAAUUAUUCAUCAACAACAUAA